AUGGACAACACCCAAAGGCAACUUGAUCAUCACUGUGCUGCCCUCCGCCGUAAAAUUAAAUUGUUGAUUUGUGGAGUAGCCGUGGUAAUUUGUCUUAUCUUCUUUAUGAGUUUGGUCCUCACCAAGAGCCCGAAUAACGUCAACUGUCAUGUAACCAGUGCAUUGCUCACCGAUUCCAACCUCACCGUUGAGAUCACUAUUCGAAACCCGAACAGUUUCUACCGUGUCCACCAUGAUCACAUUGACAUUACUGCCAACUACAAAAACCAGACGUUGGGUUCGACAUUGAAUUAUGCCUCCUUCUCGCAAGGACGUAAUCGCGAAACACGGCUAACACCGUCCUUCGACGGGCUGAUCCUUGGCGGAGGCGAUGACCUCCGCGGGUCGAACAACUGCGGAAAUAACUAUUACGAUAUUAUUGUCAAGCUCAACAUGCAAGAGGAGUACAAGAAACAGAUUGCUCCCAAGAAGAGAUUUCAAAGGAAUUUGGAGUAUACGUGCGAGUUGAAGGUUCCUUCUGGCAGUGGGAGUAGCUUCAACACCACCCUGUGCCGCUAUCUACAAAUUCCAUGA